AUGCCUGCCACCGAACGCUGCCUCUCGCCUUCCGAAGGCAACAAAGCCAUUGGUGGUAUCCCCAAUAUGCACUACUUCGAUUUCAAGUCUCGUGGCCGUGGCAACGUCAUCCGUCUCCUUUGGGAGGACGCCCAAAUCGCGUACGACGACACUCGCUACACCUUCGAGGAGUACCCCAAAUACAAAGAAAGCACCAUUACGAAGCUCAAUCCUGCUACGACAAUUCCUGUCAUUGAAAUCGACGGCCAGAUCUUGACACAAUCUUACGCUAUCAUUAGGCACUUUGCCCGCCAGCUGGGGAAAUAUGACGGUCAGACCGAAGAGGCGAAGUAUUGGGCUGAUGCUAUAUGUGAUAUUGUAGCUGAUUGGCGCACUCUUUUCAUCCAAGCCUUCUUCAAUGAAAGGCAGGCCGAGACCUACCCCAAGCAUCAACAAGGCGACCGCAACCGUUUUCUAACAGCGUUGGAGACGCACUUGAAAAGUCACGAUCUAUCUCGCUCUGGCCCGUACAUCACGGGAAAGGAUAUCACCUAUGCGGAUUUUGUGCUCUAUCAGAUUUUGCAUGAUGAGGAUUUGAUCCAGGACGGAGGGAAUGGACUGCAGGACUAUUCACGCUUGAAGCAGCAGGUCGAUGCAGUGGAGGGUAGGGAGAAUAUCAAGGCUUUCAUGGCGAGUAAAAGGUAUCGCGGAUAG